AUGGAUGUGUCAGGGUCUGGUGGAGCUGUUGAUGGAGUAGUAUGUGAAGAUGAACUUAGUCGUCGGAAAAGGAGGGAUGGUAAGUGGACUAUAAAGAAAGUCGAGUUGGAACAUACCCACUUAAAUUCACCAGGUAAGGCAAAGAUAGUUAAAGAGUACCGGAUGAAGAAUUUCACAUCCGAAGUUAGGAGGAAGCUAUUCAAUUAUUUUGAAGAAGGUGUUCCUGUUUCUCAAAUUCAUGGUUGUAUGGUUAAUGAGAGUGGUGGACUGGAGAAUAUUACAUUUACCGUGAAAGACCUUCAACAUGAUGUCUGCAAGGAACAGAGGUUACGAAUGGUGGGGAGGUUAGAUAAUGAAGGACGACUGAAAGAUGUAUUGUGGGUUGAUGCAAGGAGCCGUGCUGCGUAUGAAGAGUUUGGAGAUGUCGUGUGUUUUGAUGCUACAUAUCUGACAUAUGAGUAUGAUUUACCAUUUGUCAAUUUUGUAGGUGUUAACCACCAUGGACAAUCAAUUUUGUUGGGUUGUGCUUUGUUUUCCCGCGAGGAUUGCGAUACAUAUUGUUGA